CUUUUUUUCUUUUUGGUGCCAGACAAGACACAGACGCAGCCGAACACGAAAUUAACUACACUACCAAUUGACUGUGUCUUAAACCACCCCUCAGUGCGCUGGGAACGAGGGAUCUUGGGUCAAUUUUGCAAAAAAUGAAGAGAAUACGGUUGAAUACGUUAUCGAGUCAAUUGCUCUCUACAAGGCCCACCAGAUCACCUACCAGGCCACCCACCACCAUAUCGAGAUCUACCCGAAUAUCCCCGGCUACUUCACAUUUACAAGCCCCUCUAUGCUCUCAAAGGAGAUGGCAGUCAACAACACCCAAUGCAGUGCUUGACGAUGCAAAUAUUUCCUACGAAGAUGCUCCUGAUGAAAUAGAAGAGGCCCGGACCUCACCAUUACCUUCACCACCUCCAGAACGAGCUCUCUAUUCGGCCAAGCUUGCCGCUCUCCAUGCGCGACUCUCUCUCUCCACCAAGAUCCCUCUACAAGUCCUCGCACGAUGCCUCAUAGACCCUUCUGCUGAUGCCAACCCGAGGUUCAACAAUGCGAACCUUGCAUUUGUCGGCACAGCCCUUCUCAACUACCAUACGUCGGAAUACCUCCUCACCCGGUUCCCACGACUACCCAUGGCCAUCCUGUUCGCUGCCAUGAAGGGAUAUGCCGGUGUACCGCCACUACACCAAAUCGCACGCGCCUGGGGUGUGGAAGCUGCCGCAGCACCUGGUGAGGAGGUAGACCCAGGCUUCCUACAAUUUUCGCGCCACAAGCCGACGCUUUUGAUGAAUAAAUGGGGAUACGUGCGUGCCGAGUCGAAGGAGGUGCUAAAAUACAAAUGGCGCCGAGGCAUGAGUAGUCGAGUGUUAUACGAUGAUCCUUUCGGCGAGAUGCUUACGAAAGAGAAAAAGGAGGAAGAUGAUGCGCCACCCGAGGUGAGCGACGAAAGGAACAAAAAGAACAUGAUGGUGGAUGAUCCACUCAGCAAUGCGCAAGCAAAUUUUGUGCGUGCUGUGCUCGGCGCCAUCUACUUACACACCGGAAGGGAGCCCGCCAAGACCUUCAUCAACGCACACGUUCUUUCUAGGAAACUGGAUAUAGCCAACCUAUUUGAAUUCAAAUUACCGACAAGAGAGGUGGCACGACUUUGCGCAAGAGAGGACUUCGAUCCACCCGUCGCAAGACUUCUAAGCGAGUCCGGACGACUGAGCAGGACACCCGUCUUCGUGGUGGGGAUCUACAGCGGGCGAGACAAGAUAGGUGAGGGGACCGGGCCCAGCCUUGAUGCCGCCAGGACAGCAGCUGCUAUCAGCACCCUCAAAUCGUGGUACCUAUACAGCCCAGGCGAGACCAGGGUGCCAAGCGAUACCUUUGCCGAUGACGCCGUUCCCUGGCAACCGGUGCAUAUCGAUAUUGGAGAGAUAAUAUCGUAGUUUUCAUCGAAUCCUUUUGCUUUUUUUUUUUAUCUUCGCGUGAAAAUAAGCAAACAUCAGAAAACCUCCCCUUUUCCGGAAAUGAGAAAUGUAUCAUGGAAUGAGACAUUGGGCGAUAUCGCAAUCAACCAAAAAAAACGGGGGCACGGAAAA